UCCCUCUUCCCUUCAGUGCCCUGAUGAGGAAUCCGUUUCUGUGUCUUGCUAGGUGUAAGAGGACCAUCAAAGCAUUGGCAGGACGUUUCCAAGGUGCAAAGAGUGGGGAGAUGCCCUGGUUGCCAGUUGAGAAUGCCCCCAACUCCUCGUUAGGUACCAGUUCAACAAAAAGAGGCUCAGAGUCCCCUGUUUGGUUACCGAGCCUAACAAAUAAACAAAGGAAAAAAGAAAAGAAAAAAACAAGGCCCAAUGCUCCCCUCAGGUGUAUGCUAAGGCCUGUGAGUUUGAGGGCCACGGCUGGGGGAAGGCCAAGUCAAAACGGCCACCGAGGAAGGAGGCUCAUCGUGACCCCUUUGUCUGCCAUUCCAGGUUGCACUUGAACAGCAGGGGGGGGGAUAAAAAUGGAGGCCAAGGAUCCAAAUGACGCCAAUGCUCAUAACAUCCAGGUGGUGUGUGUUGGCGAGCCGCUGGGAUGGCACGUCAAGCAGGAACCGGAAGAGCUGUGGUGGGAAGCCCGAGAGAAGCAGGUGUUCUUAAAGGCCGCCUCAUCCCCUCCCUCAGGAUGGGGAAACCUGCUGUUGCAAGAGGCUGUGCCGUGGGAUGAUGCCAAAGUCUUCUCAGCCUCCUUUGAGGGAGCGUCCACGCCUUUCAAAUGGCUGGCCAGAGAGUGGGGGACUCAGCAGGAGACGUCUGUCAUCAGAGGGGAAGGGCAACAAGCUGCUGGUAGGCCAAACAGUACUGCAACAAGGAGGGAUGGCGGGAAAGAGAAGAACAGCCUUCUUCCAAGAGGGGUGGUCGAAGCAGAGGCCCAGCGCCAGCAGUUCCGCUGUUUCUGCUACCAAGAGGCCAAGGGGUUGCAUGAGGCCUACAGCCAACUCCGGGACCUCUGCCAUCGGUGGCUGAAGCCAGAGAGGCACAGCAAGGAGCAGAUUUUGGAGCUGGUGAUCCUGGAGCAGUUCCUGACUGUCCUGCCCUCGGAGAUGCAGAAUUGGGUCAGGAAACGAGAGCCUGAGACCUGCGCCCACGUGAUUGCCCUGGCUGAAGAUUUCCUGCUGAGACAACGAGAGGCAGAACGAUGGGGGCAGGAGCAGGAGCCAGGGCCUUUUGUGGAAGUGACGGUGAAUUAUCCUGAGGGGGAGCAGGCUCCAUCGGAUGCUUGGCAGAGGCCACUCUUCAAGGAGAUCAAGCAGGAGGGCGAUAGAGAUGCAGGAUCAUUCGGUGACAGUACGAUGUCUCAGAAUGAGGAAGAGGACAGGCAGCGGGGAGGUUCAGAGCUAGCAGAACCAGGCGGGGUUUUCCCAGACAAAUCCGAAGGGCACCUUGUGCUCAGGUGCGAGAGUUUUGAGGAAGGCUGUGGGUCAAAGCGGCAGCAGGAACAGCUGACUGUGAUGAUAUGGGGGGAACCCACAGUCCACGUGGAAGCCGCCAGACCAGUUGCUAAAGCGAUGCUCCGCGGGGGGCCGAUCAAGUACCUAUGUCCGGAGUGCGGCCAGCAUUUCCAGCACAAAUCGACAUUAAUUCGACACCAGAAGAUGCACACCGGCGAGAAGCCCCACGUGUGCCUGGAGUGUGGGAAAACUUUCCGCCGGAGGGACAAACUGAUCAGGCACCAGAGGAUCCACACGGGGCAGAAACCCCACAAGUGCCCUGAGUGCGGGAAAAGCUUCCGCGAGAGAGGGAAGCUGAUCAACCACCAGAGGAUCCACACAGGCGAGAAGCCCUACACCUGCCCCGUGUGCAAGAAAACCUACCGGUGGAAAGAGGAAUUUGUUAAGCACUUGAGAAUCCACACGGGCGAGAGGCCUUAUGAAUGCCUCCACUGUGGGAAAACCUUCAUCAGCAAGGCCCACCUCGUCUCCCACCACCGGAUCCAUACUGGGGAGAAGCCGUAUGAAUGUCCAGAGUGCCGGAGGCGGUUCUGCAGCAAGCAGAGCCUCACCAAGCACCAGCGUGUCCAUGCAGGAGAGAAAACCUACGAGUGCCAGGACUGUGGGAAGAUCUUCCACUACAUUUCAAACUUCAACAAACACCAGAGAAUCCACAUGAGCGAUGGAAUCCUCUAG